UGUUAGAGACCUGGUGCAGUCCUUGGCGCCUUUGGGGUUUUACAGCCAAAUGCCAGAAGGCGUGUGCCUUGCUGUGGUCAGGAGGAUUGGCUUUCAAGGGCCAACGGUAGAUUUUCAGAGGGAAGGGGGGCAAAAGACAAAAUUGGAAGAGGGUGGAGCUGCUUUCUGGCAGGAGGGGGUCAGUCUGUCUGGGUCAAUGAAUGAUACUGUGCAGAGUGUUUGCAGCUCUGUCCACAUGUGUGUGUGUGUUUAUAGAUGCGUCUGAAAGGAUUUGAGGGCUGACUGGACAACAUUUUCAUUUAGCCUCAGAAAGCUGGUUCUUGUUAAGUUUCGAGAGUUUGAACAUUUCCAGAGGAUAUCUCACUUCUUGAAGGAGCAAUGCCCCACAGCAAGGUCCUUCGUCUCAUCCUGCUGACACUGGCUGGAGUCCUGGUACCUUUUGUGAAAACUGAAUAUCCCCAAGGACCUUUCCCAACGCUAUGGAAUGAUCCUCCGGAGCUGCCAUCAGGCGGAGGUCCCUUGGAAACCACCCCCAGCCCUCGCUUCUCAGAUUCUCCAGGAUUCCCACCUUAUACUUCUGAUUAUGAGCCAGAGGACACAACCCACCUCCACCAGCUGGAUAAUGGGAAUGGGUCAUUGGGUCCGGGAGCCAUUGGUGCCAUUGUGAUUGCUGCUCUGCUGGGCACAUCUGUGAUUGUGGCCUUGAUUGUCAUCACCCUGAGAAAGUUCUCAGCUUCCUGAAAUCAAUAAAGAGUUAUUUUUUUCCUAAUA